CUCUUAGAAGAGGAAACAGAGGAAUCUAGGGUUUAUGCUUCAUUGAAGCAAAGAUGGUUACGAGCAACGAUCAAAUCCAAGAUGGUUCUGAUGAGCAAUCGAAAAGAUCAGAGAUUUACACAUACGAAGCACCAUGGCAGAUCUACGCAAUGAACUGGAGCAUUCGUCGAGACAAGAAGUAUCGACUCGCAAUCACAAGCCUCAUCGAGCAAUAUCCGAAUCGCGUCGAGAUUGUUCAGCUUGAUGAAUCAAAUGGUGAGAUUCGAUCAGAUCCGAAUCUUAGCUUCGAGCAUCCGUACCCACCAACCAAAACCAGUUUCAUCCCCGAUAAAGAGUGUCAAAGACCCGAUCUUUUAGCUACCUCGAGUGAUUUUCUUCGUUUAUGGCGAAUCGCUGAUGAUGAUUCUCGUGUUGAGCUUAAGUCUUGUCUUAAUAGUGAUAAGAAUAGUGAGUUUAGUGGUCCGAUUACUUCAUUUGAUUGGAAUGAAGCUGAGCCUAGACGAAUUGGUACUUCUAGUAUUGAUACGACUUGUACGAUCUGGGAUAUAGAGCGUGAAGUUGUGGAUACUCAGCUUAUUGCUCAUGAUAAAGAGGUUUAUGAUAUUGCUUGGGGUGGAGUUGGUGUCUUUGCUUCUGUCUCAGAGGAUGGUUCUGUUAGAGUAUUCGAUCUCCGUGAUAAGGAGCAUUCGACGAUUAUCUAUGAGAGUGGUGAGCCUAGUACUCCUUUGGUGCGUCUUAGUUGGAACAAGCAGGAUCCGAGGUAUAUGGCUACUGUGAUCAUGGGCAGUGCUAAAAUUGUGGUGCUUGACAUUCGGUUUCCGGCUCUUCCUGUUGUGGAGCUUCAGCGACAUCAGGCUAGUGUCAAUGCUAUUGCUUGGGCUCCUCAUAGCUCCUCCCAUAUCUGUACUGCUGGUGAUGAUUCUCAGGCGUUGAUUUGGGAUAUCUCUUCAAUGGGACAGCAUGUUGAAGGUGGUCUGGAUCCAAUUCUAGCUUACACAGCUGGCGCUGAGGUUGAGCAGCUGCAGUGGUCUUCUUCCCAGCCUGAUUGGGUUGCCAUUGCCUUCUCUAACAAGCUGCAGAUUCUCAGGGUCUGAUUAUAGUUUCCAGAUUUCUGUCGAAUGUAAAAGACUCUUCCCUGUUGUUGAUUAAUGAUCCUUUGAUCUUUUACUUUUAGCCUCGUUGAGUUUCCCUCUCAUAGUAUGAUCUGUGCACCUUCAAUUGUGAAUAGCUAGCUCUAGCUUUGGAUUUAAUUAGUCGAAUGGGAAGCUAGUUUUAAACAGAGAGAAGUGAGAAAGAGAACUAGAAAUAACAGCAUUUAUGUUUCUAUGUCCUUGAGCUGAUGGAGUUACAGGAUUCUGAAGUCGUGUAUAAAGUUAGUUCUUAUUAGAGUAUCUUGUCUGUCUCACCAUUGUAUGGAAUGUGUAGCUUUCUUUGUUAAUUGUUGUAAGCUUUGUCGAUGAUGUUCAUGUCAUUUUUGUUAUUA